AUGACAUCCACUGCAGCCUCAACCGGCGCUUCUCGCGCUCUGAGCACCAGCAGCUCCACCUCCAACAACAAUGCCCUCGGCGUAGCAUCAGCCAAAUCUGGUCCGGCAUUCAUCACCAACGCUCCUCCCGUCUCUGGUUUCAUCGGGGCGAUAGGCAACACACCUCUCAUCAGACUCAACGCUCUCAGCGAUCGUAUCGGAGCUAAUGUGCUGGGCAAAGCUGAAUUUCAAAAUCCUGGUGGGAGCGUCAAAGAUAGGGCUGCCCAUUACCUCAUCUUGAAUGCCGAGGAACAAGGCCUGGUCAAGCCUGGCGGCACCAUCGUGGAGGGCACAGCGGGUAACACGGGUAUCGGCCUUGCACAUGCUUGCCGCUCAAAGGGAUACAAGUGCGUGAUCUACAUGCCCAACACGCAGAGUCAAGAGAAGAUCGAUCUGCUUCGAAUGUUGGGUGCAGAGGUGUACCCGGUGCCAGCUGUACCGGUGUCGGACGAUAUGAAUUACAAUUGGCAAGCCAAGAGGCACGCCGCAAAGUUGGACAAUGCAGUGUGGACCAACCAAUUCGACAAUCCAGGAGGCAACAGGCGAGCUCACAUCGAGACGACUGGGCCAGAAAUAUGGUCCCAGACCAACGGUGGUAACUUGGACGGCUUCAUCUGCGCUACGGGUACAGGAGGAACGCUAGCCGGCGUGACCCGUUAUCUUAAAGAGAAAAGCCAAGGUCGCAUUCAAUGUUGGUUGGCCGAUCCUCCUGGAUCGGUUCUUCAUUCGUAUAUCCAAAGCGGCGGAGAGCUGCUAGAGAGAUCGGGAGGAAGCAUCACGGAGGGCAUCGGACAAGGACGAGUGACGGAGAACCUCAAGCCGGACAUCGGCUUGAUCGAUGAUAGCUUGCACAUCGAGGAUGAAGCGAGCAUCGAGAUGGUUUAUAGAGCGCUGGACGAGGAAGGCCUUUAUAUUGGUGCGUCUUCCGCUCUCAAUGUGGUAGCUGCAGCAAGGAUGGCCGAGAAGCUGGGCAAGGGAUCCACGGUGGUCACGAUCCUCUGCGAUGGUGCUUAUAGAUAUCAAGCGAGACUCUUCAGUCGCAAAUGGCUGGAAUCCAAAAAUCUCGUCAAGGCCAUUCCCGAGCACUUGCAAAAGUACAUCGUAUUGGAGUGA